UUAGCCCCCAAAAGGCCAAUUCGAGGUGGUAACAAACCGACUAUUCGAGACCAGUCUUCCUCAACCGCAAUUUCGCGACAUCGUAGGAAGGUGUAUCCGGAAGACAAGCUCAAGCAGACCAACAAGACCAGGGAACUGGCAUCAUGCGCACGUUGCAAGGCUCAAAGGCGUCGGUGCAAACCAAAUCCUGAGGGUGAUCAUCUCCCUUGUCUCACAUGCCUGACCACAAAAGCUGGACCCAGAUAUGCGAGUCUCGGAUGCAUUCGUUCCAGAAUAUCUGACUGUCAACUUUUCAGGACCGGUGUAGGGUUCUAUACAUUUUAUCAGAAACAUCCGAUGAUAGGAUCAACCUACGGCGAUUUCCAUCUCCAGGAAAGUCGAAUGUGGGUUAGGGGUGAGUUACAUAUCCUGGAAAUUACUCAAGACAUGGGCCCUGUUUGCCGUUUCGAGGUCCGCCAGUUUAUUCCACCGGUAGAACCUGACGCGGUAGACUUGAAGGGUCGGUCGAUGUACCACGUACCCUGGGCGAUUGCUGAUGCGGACAAGACAACACGUGCUUUCAACGUGUUCCUGGACAAGAAUCUUGUUCCGUACUUGAGAAGUGUAUUGAAUGAGGACGACGAGCUCUUUGGGGAAGUUUUCAGAUCUGCUAUUCGGAUUGCGCAUCCCAAUGCACCAAAGCCACGAAACACAUUGGUCCACAAGACUCUUCGUCUUUGGGUUGCAUGCCGCUUUAUUGAGGGGAAGUGGCGCUGUUGUGGAUCAGAUGUCCUUCGGGCCGGAGAGCUGAAAAAUCCCUUUCGCUCACCAGAUUGGGUUUCCCCACCGCCAUACAUCGACUACCAGUAUGCGUCCAUCAUUAUGCACCGCAUUCUUGGUCCUCUCAGCAAAGCCGUACUCAAGGAACUGCAGGAUCUGGUCGAUAAGAGGAAGCCGAGGGAUUGGUAUACGAUCUUCCUUGUGACAUUCAUACUCCUGCACAACUAUGAACGUGGGAUCUUAUUCCAACGGGUUUUCUGGGCGAAGAGACGCAUGACAGUAGGCAAUGUACCGUUCGGGAUAAAGUUUGACUGGAAUACUGAAACUGCUCGGAAAAUGGCAGAGAUCGACCAGGAGCAAGUCAACUUCCUGACCAAGUUAGGGGUCCUGGUUCGGCAAAAAGGUAAUAUGCAUAGCUACAAGAUCUACCAUCCGUUUUCUACGAUGGCGCCUAGUAUACUGGACAACACUCCAAGCCAGCAACCUUCUCCUUAUGUUCCAGCAGCAAAGAACUCGUUGAGUAGAGUCCGACAGUGGCCCAAGUCGAUCAAUAAUGCCUUGACUUGGAGUGGUUCAAGUUUCCAAUCUGAGUCCGAUUUCACUCUCGAGGCCACUGAGAGUCACAACCAAGAACUGCGUCAAGCCCUUGACAACUUCCUGAGUCUAGGUCUAGAUGGGCGUGAGAUAAGUCCCGAAAACUUCUUGCUUCCCAAACUUGGGGACAAACUACGACAAGGCGCGUUGGACGUGCAUAGCGGCAGAGGUUUUGUCACCCUCCGUGGCAUCGACUUCGAUCGCUACUCCUGCGAGGAUGGAAUCCUGAUUUUUCUGGGUAUUUCCAGCUAUUUCGGCGAGAAGAGAGCAAAGCAGGAUGACCAAGGCAACAUGCUCAUGCACAUCCGUGAUGCCAAAGCUUCGUCUAUUUCACAGGGCGAGAGACCCACCAGAUUUUCCAACCGGGCUUCGACCUUCCAUUCAGAUCCUUUCCCCAAUGUCUUGGGCCUCUUCACCAAGAGUUGUGCCGCCAAAGGAGGAAAUCAUAUUGUAGCAUCGUCGGUCUCGAUAUACAACGAGAUUGCUGCAACCCGACCAGACAUACUGGAGUCCCUGGCGGAGCCUAAUUGGCCAUUUGAUAGUCCAGGAGGACUGAUCGAGCGAGAGUUGCGACCUAUUCUCUUCUACCACGGUGGUCACAUCAUCUUGAAUUACGCUCGCGAGCCUCUGUUAGGUCUUGGCGAUGUUCCACGGACGUCUGGGUUCCCGAAUCUGACCAGUGCUCAGCGUGAGGCGCUUGACCUCCUCGAAGCCACUGCUCAGGCGCAUCGACUCACGUUGAAGAACCAACCAGGUGACCUUGUCUUCGUCAACAAUCAUGGACUGCUGCACUCCCGUGAGGCUUUCGAAGAUGAUGGAGAGAGCAGUCGCUACCUGAUUCGCUUGUGGUUGAAGAAUCAAGCACUGGCGUGGAAACUUCCUCGUGUGUUGCGGGAAGGAAAUGAACGACUGUUCGAGAGCAAUGAGGUGGAAGAGCAAUGGAACAUCAUGCCAUUGCCAAGGCUUACAUUCACUGUUGCUGAAAGGUUGAGCUCUUAG